GAUUUGUCCUAGAUCCACUUAUUUUAUCAUGGCAGCCCCGACCGUGGGAACUUUAUAGAUAAAGUGGAACUUUCAAUUUGUAUUGUUGUCAAAUGUUUUUGUCCUACAAUUAGAUUCCAAUAAGAAUUCGCUUCCUCGUAGAAAUCAUGAUAUAUUCCCACAGUGUGAAAUCAAACAGUUUGGUGCUCAAAUAAUUUUAUUAUUGUGAUAAAAAACUGAUAACACUGGAAUCAAAAUGUCAAUAACAUUGCAGUGACGUUUCGCAUUCGGAAAAAUCGUAUUUCGAAUCUACCUUACUUUAAUAAAAUGGAACAUUUAAGUUGUGAACCCGUGGUGAAAUAAUGAUAAAACACUAAUUAUUUGUUCAAGUAAUCAAGCAUUAAAUAAAAAAUAUCAAAAUGACAACGAAGGAGUUGUAUACGAAGGGUGCCCGGAUAUGGGUGGAGCACCCAGAGAAGGUAUGGGAGAGUGCCACAGUGACAUCCGACUACCGGUCCGGUGUGCUCAUCGUCAAGAUAGACCAGUCCGGAGAGAUCAGACAGAUAAAGAUCAAAGAUGAAGGCAAGAUGCCUCCCCUCCGGAAUCCUUCGCUCCUGAUCGGGCAGAAUGACCUGACGUCAUUGUCGUAUCUCCACGAGCCUGCUGUGCUUCAUAACCUUAGAGUUAGAUUCUGCGACCGCAACGCCAUCUACACAUACUGUGGGAUUGUUUUAGUCGCCAUCAAUCCUUACUAUGAUUUGCCUAUAUAUGGUGAUGAAACAAUAAUGGCUUACCGCGGUCAAUCCAUGGGUGAUCUAGACCCGCAUAUAUUCGCCGUGUCCGAAGAGGCAUACACCAAGCUAGAGCGAGAGAGAAGGGAUCAGAGUAUUAUUGUAAGCGGAGAAUCCGGCGCCGGCAAGACAGUAUCAGCUAAGUACGCGAUGCGCUACUUCGCGGCGGUCGGCGGCAAUGCUAGCGAGACGCAGGUCGAGAGGAAGGUGCUAGCCUCUAGUCCUAUCAUGGAGGCCAUAGGAAACGCAAAAACAACCCGUAACGACAACUCAUCCCGUUUCGGCAAAUUCAUAGAGAUACACUUCGACAACGUAUACCGGAUAUCCGGGGCUAGUAUGCGAACCUAUUUGUUGGAGAAGUCCAGAGUGGUCUACCAGAGUGCUGGAGAGAGGAACUAUCAUAUAUUCUAUCAGCUGUGUUCUGCUGCUAGGCAUAUGCCUGAAUUACAACUUGAUCAUCAGGACUCGUUCCACUAUUUGAACCAGGGCGGCAGUCCAAAUAUAGACGGGGUUGAUGAUCUAAGGACUUUUAAUGAGACGAGAAGCGCUCUCACCACAUUAGGAGUUACAGAAACCGAGCAGCAAGACAUGUUUAUCAUACUAUCCACUAUCCUGCACCUGGGUAAUGUGGAGCUCAGUGCUUGUGACCCGGACGCUCCCACGGCUGAUGCCGACGACGGCGCUUACAUUAGUUCUAACGACAAGCAUCUAUCCAUCGUAUGCUCUCUACUGGGGAUAUCGAAAGCUGAACUAUCUCGCUGGCUCACGCAUAGAAGAAUAGCAUCUGCACAUGAGGUGAUAGUAUCCCGCAUGGACGUACAAAGAGCAUCGUUCGCUCGCGACGCUCUCGCCAAGCGUAUGUACGGCGAGCUAUUCGCGUGGCUCGUGCUAGCUGUCAACAGGGCGCUAGACACCGGACAUGCUAAGAAACACUUCAUCGGUGUCCUAGAUAUCUACGGUUUCGAGACGUUUGAAAUAAACUCCUUCGAGCAGUUCUGCAUAAACUACGCGAAUGAGAAAUUACAACAGCAGUUUAAUUCGCAUGUGUUUAAGCUAGAGCAAGACGAAUAUAUCAAGGAGGAAAUAUCUUGGGAGAUGAUAGAGUUCUACGACAAUCAACCGUGCAUAGACCUGAUAGAGGACCGGCUGGGCGUGCUGGCGUUGUUGGACGAGCAGUGCCGGGUGCCGCAGGGCAGCGAUGCGGGCUUUGUCGCUAAGCUGCAUCAGUCCUGCGCUAGGUAUGCGCAUUUCAUGAAGCCUAGGUUUGGGAAUGCUGCGUUCAUCAUAAAACACUUCGCCGAUAACGUAGAGUACCAAUCGGGCGGUUUCCUAGAAAAGAACAGAGAUACAGUCUCAGAAGAACAACUAGAGUGCAUAAAGUCCGCAACGAGUUGUCGACUCAUACAUACCAUGUUUACGGAGAACGCGGGGGAAUUGAGUUCUUCGUCUAAUACUCUGCCUCCGCCGUCUAAACGGAGGACUACGCCUUCUGUGCCGCUUACUAGCUUGACUCAACCGCCCCGCCGAACCUCAGGCCAGAAACAGACAGUGGGCUCACAAUUCCGUCAGUCGCUGUCGGCGCUGAUGUCGACGCUGUCGGCCACCACGCCGCACUACGUGCGCUGCAUCAAGCCUAACGACACCAAGGAGCCCUUCAGCUUCGACAGCGCCAGGGCCGUCAACCAGCUCAGGGCAUGUGGAGUGUUAGAGACUAUAAGAAUAUCAGCGGCUGGUUUCCCGUCUAGAUGGCUUUAUCAAGAUUUCUUUAAUAGAUAUCGUCUCCUCUGCCUCCACAAGGAGAUAGACCGCGGCAACAUCAAGGCGACAUGUGGGCGCAUCCUCGCGCGACACGUCAGAGACCCCGACAAGUAUCAGUUCGGAGCCACCAAGAUAUUCUUCAGAGCUGGACAGGUGGCGUACCUAGAAAAGAUCCGUGCUGACAUACAGCGCGACUACUGCGUGAGGGUACAGAGCUGCGUGCGACGCUUCAUAGCAAGACGCAAGUAUCUGCGGCUAGUGGCCGCCAUCCGGGGGCUGCAGGCGCGGGCGAGGGGCUACUUGGCGAGGAGACGCGCCCAAGAGAUCCGUCGUAAAAGAGCAGCUAUUAAAAUUCAGCGCAACGUCAGAGGAUGGCUCGCUAGACUCAAGUACCAGAGGUUACGGCGUCUGGCCAUUGGGUUACAAGCACAUGCUCGGGGUUACAUGGCGAGGAACUUGUAUAGAGAUCGUAGGAAGGUUAAAGCGGUCAUUACAAUACAGAGGUACGCUCGCGGCUACCUCGCUCGCAAACGUGCGCAGAAGAUACGCCGACAGAUUGUCAUUGCACAGGCUUCUAUCCGCCGCUUCCUCGCCCGUCGUCAAUACAAGCGCCUCCGCAUAGAAGCUCGCAGCAUCGACCACGUCAAGUCUCUCAACAAAGGACUUGAGAACAAGAUCAUCAGUCUACAACAGAAGCUGGGCGAUGCGCUCGAGAAAAAUAAGAGCAUUGAGCCGUUAUUAGCUCAGAUUGUCGACUUAAAAGCCAAACUAGAAAUCCUGAAACUCGUAGAAAUAGAAGCCAAAACUCUCAGAACGGACCUUUUCGACAAGAACAACCAGAUCUCUACUCUCCAAGAGGAGUUAGAGAGAGAGAAAGAAAGUAACAAGCAGUUGAAACACGAGAAGAAGUUAAUAGAAGAACAGUAUGAGUUGAAUAGAGCUUCGUGGGAAGAAGAGAGUGAGAAAUUAGCGAAUGAGUUGAAGAGUAAUAAGGAGCAUUUUGAGUUGGCAAUUGAAGAACGCGACAAACAGCACGAACAAGAGAAGAAGGCUUUGAACGCAGAGUUAGAAGCAGAGCGACAGAGUCGACAGAAGUUAUUGUCCGCGCAAUAUGAGCUGCAGGAGAGGAUCGACUCUUUGCAGAGCAAACCAGCACCCAAAGAACACAGAAGAUCGCUGUCAGACGCGAGCAAUAAUUCUCAACAAGAAACUACCGUUGAAGACGACUAUGGCUACGGUUCAGUCAGAUCGGUGGAGAGCUCUCGGCCGGCGCUGGAAGCCGUCAACUGGUCCGCCGGCACGCACAAUGGACCCACACAACCGUCAGCAGACGCGGGACUGGUUCUGCGUAUGCGCAACAGAAUAUCGGCGUUACAGAGCGAACUGUCGCGCACCACCAAGCGAGCCGCCGACCUCGAGGAGAGGAUUAUGAACCGCCACUCGUCAGCGCCAACGAACCCCAACAUAGACCGCUACAAACUUGAAGAACUAGAAAUUGAGAACAAGAAACUUCGAGAACAUUUAGACAGGCUGAGAGCUGCCGGAGACACAGUGCUGGUCUCCAAGGAAGUCAUAGAACAAAUGAACAUAAUGCAGAAAGAACUGGACAGAAGGCGAGAUGAAUGCAUACAACUUAAGAGUGUACUCACUAACCAGAAGCCAUGGUUCCAAGCUCUCAAAAACGUUACUGUGAAUCUAAAGUCGCUUGCCACAUCAAACUACGGGUCAGACGUCGAUAUUAUAAAUGAAGACGGAGAGUUAGCUACAGCUUAUGAAGCUCAGAAGGGUAUUAACAGGCAACUACAAGAAGAGUUAUUGGCAGAGAAGAAAUUCUAUUCCGAACACAUAUCGAAGUCAAAAACAGAGAUAGAGAAACUAAGAGAAGAGAAUGAGAAGUAUCAAAAGUUGCUAAGUGCUGAUUUGAGCGCUGAACCCAAGAAUAAGACUCAGGAAUUCGCACAGAAUGAAAUCAUUCGAUUGGCAGCUGAAAGUUUGGCGUUACAGGAACGUGUGGACAAGUUAUCGGAAAGCUGUCGCCGUUACAAGAACCAGAUUCGAUUGUUAGUCAACAAGCUUAAAGAAGUCGGCAUUGAAGACGUCAACGAUAUACUUGAUAACACUGACCCAGUGGCGCCACCCAACGCGUCGAUGACGCUAGAGAUGGCGCCGGUAACACGUAAGAAGGAGCGCGAGUACCUCGGCAUGUUCGAGUACAAGAUACAGGACGAGGCCGUCAUUAUCAAGAAACUUAUCUCUGACUUAAAGCCCAAAACGGCAGUGACGCUGCUCCCCGGGCUGCCCGCGUACAUACUGUUCAUGAUGCUGCGACACAUGGACCACGUGGACGACGAGCCUAAGAUGCAUCAGCUCAUGAAAGCCGUCAGAACUGCCGUUAAGAAGACCUUGAAGAAACGAGGGGAGAGUGUCGAGUAUAAUGCGUUGUGGCUGGCUAAUAUGUUGAGACUACUGAACAACCUACGCCAAUAUAGCGGCGACACAAUCUACCAGACAGCCAACACCCCUCGUCAGAACCAGCAGUGUCUGCGCAUCUUCGACCUGUCCGAGUACCGGCAGGUGCUGAGCGACAUCGCCGUCUGGAUAUACCAGGGUCUAAUCCACCUCCUAGAACGUCAACUAGAACGCCUCAUAGUGCCCGCCAUCCUAGAACACGAGGAGAUCAGCGGCCUGUCAGGUCCCAGUGCCCGUCCCGCCCCGCCCGGCGCGGGCCCCGCGAGGCUGAAGCACGAGCUGUCGGCCACGCAUGACCAUCUGCACACCUUCGCUGUUGAUCAGCCGUUAAGGCUCACUAUAUUUAAGCAGUUAUUCUACUACAUCUGCGCGUACAGUUUGAAUCAGCUACUUCUACGCAAAGACCUGUGCUGCUGGGCUAAGGGCUUGCAGAUCAGGUACAACAUCUCACAUCUCGAGACCUGGAUAAAGGAGCAUCUCGCUGAAUAUGGGCAGAAGAGCGUGGAAGAGAUCCUGGGUGUUCUGAAGCCGAUCACGCAGGCAGUGCAGUUGCUGCAAGCUCGCAAGUCCAUGCAGGACGUGCAGAGCACCGUCGACAUGUGCGCCAACCUUAACGCCAUGCAAGUUUGUAAGAUCCUGAACAUGUACACUCCCGCUGAAGAGUACGAGGUGAAGGUGACUCGCGAGUUCAUCCACGAGAUACAGAAGAAAAUGCAGGAGAAGGCCGGCACCAACCCUGAUAAGGAACCACAAAACCUUCUGAUGGACUCAAAGAUGAUAUUCUCGGUGCAAUUCCCCUUCAACCCGUCAUCAAUACGCCUGGAAGCCAUAGAGUUACCAGAAGUGCUAGAACUGGAAGGUCUACUCACCAAAAUAUAAGAAGACGGAGAAGACCAGGUGAUAAUACCGACGGAAUAAGGUGAACAAACAUGCCUGUAGCUGUUUUUUAUUUUUUUACAGCUGGUCUACUGUAAUAUAUUGAGUAGACCAAGUAGACCAUUCAAGGAUUUAGGUUGAAUCAACGACAAUUUAUUAUGUUUAUAGCUGGAAUAUGAAAUAGAGUUAGUAGACCGAAAAGACCGUAGAAUAAGAAGGUAUGUUCAAAACUAUAGGUAUUAUUUUGUAAAGAACCAAUAAUAAUCGUGGUCUUUCGUUGAAAAGACCAAGUAGACGGAAAAGACCGUAGGAAUAAUAAAGUUAUAAGUUUUAAACACAAUAGUUGUUAUGUUUUUGUAAAUGUAAAAGACGGUCUAUUUAAUACAAGAAGUAGUUGAAAUAGCUUUAGGAUAUUAGCCUAACAUUUUUGUAUAAUUUUGCUCAUAUAGUUUCAUGUCUGUUAGAUUUUAAAGGUAAUCUGAAUCAAAUAAUCAAAAUACUACACUUGAUUUGUGAUUAAAAAUUGCUAAAAUAUGCUACUUUAUAAAAUCUAAAUGGGCAAUACAUACCUUAAUAUAUUAAUUUUUACAUCUUGCCUUAUAUAAAAUAUCUUCAAAUAACUCAAGAUUUUCGUUCCUCGGUUAUUGCCAUACAAAAUAAUCGGUUAAUAUGGUGCCAUUAUUAUUUAUUAUAUUAUAUAAAUCGGUUAAAGCAAAAUACAUAAUAUAUUUAUUCACACUUAACAUUGUCUGACAUUGAUCAUCUUUGGCAGUCGUUACGGGUAGUCAGAAGCCAGUAAGUCUGACUACCAGUCUUACAUAGGGGUUGCCCGGGUAACUGGGUUGACGAGGUCACAUAGGCAGUCGCUCCUUGUAAAAGACUGGUACUUAGCUACAGAUGAUGAUGACAUUUUUUCACUAUAACAUUCCAAUAAAGCUGUGAUUUAUUUCUCCAUUUUUUUGGACAUAAAAGUAUUAUUUAAUUUCGGUAGAAUUUUUAUGUUUUUGUAAUACUAUCAACUGUUUCCAUUGAAAAAUAAUUGAAAUUCUUAAAUUAUGUUUAUUCUUAUAUCAUCAAGUAAAAUUAAUCCGACAAUUUCAAUAACAAUAAUUAUCAUUUAGUAAAUAAAUCACGAAUGAAUAGAAACCAUUAUUGCUUAAAUACAUUAGAUGCCGCAGAAAUAUAAUAUUACACUGACUUUUCAUUUGUUUCCGCUAAGAAAUUACUUUUAGCGUCUUCAUAGGGGUUUCUGAGAUGCCAGUCUCACAAUGUUCCGACGCCAUUAAGUGUGGCGCGAACUAUACUUACUUUUCAAUACAUUUUUGAAUAUUUUCUACGAUGAGAUAUGACAAUUUAUUUAUUUUUUUGGUCAAAUUGUUUGUUUUUUUUUUCUAACAGCCAGAUGGCGUAAUAGUUAGUGUAUAUCUACGCUAAAGUUAGGGGUUCGAUUCCCGCGUGAGUUCAUCAUUGUGUGUAUGAAUUUUUGAUGUAGCCUUGUGGAUUUUAUUUAAGGUAUUUACAAAAAUAAUUUUUCAAAAUAUCAACUUCAUGAAAUGCUUCCCAAAAUUAGUCUUCCUUUUGAAAAAAAUACUAAACAUCGAAAAUCUUUAGUCAUCAGAAGAGUCAAUUAUAAAAUUUUGAGUUAUUAUAUUUUUUCCAAAACGCAGUCUAUCUCAGCCAUUUCCUUUAUAAAAUAAGUUUUUAAUCAACGAAGUUAUUUUCUAGUUUUAAAUUAAGGUUUAUACAUUUUUUAUUAUACUACUUACAAAGGUUUUUGUUACUUAACCCUCUGCAACUGACGUGGUCAAAUUUUUACAAUUCAACUGAGGUGGUAGUACACGAGACACCAAUUCAAUUGCAAAUAUUUUUGUAAAAUUAAACUAUACAGCUAACUUAUUGAUAUUUAUUAGAUUUAUAGCCUAUUUUAAAUGUUAAAUUAACUUGGAAUAAAAAAAAGAAAAUAUACUUUCAAAAUUAAACAACUUUUAUUUACGUAUGUCAAAUCAGCCUGAAAAAUUCUACUUAAUCAUUUAUGAACUAAAAAAAGUAACAAAAUCAACUUUUUCAAAUUUUCAAUUAUAUAUUUUAAAAGUUCACAAUAAUAUGAAUCAGUGUUGGAAAAAUGAUAUACAUUCGUUGGUCAAAUUAUAAACUAGAGUGAUUCAAAGUCACACCUUUUUUUGGCAAUUAUCACACAGUGGCUUAGAGAACUGAAGGCAAAUUGGCUUCGAACAAUCACAGCAACGAUACUUAGUUUGUCUUUUUAUUUAAGUUGGAAAAAUAUAACAAAAUGUUUUGUCACUCAGUGGAAUAAAUCGAACUACCGGAGAUGGAGGGACCCCCCAUCCAUGCCUAAAACUCUUCUCCACGUGAAAUGGCGUCAUCUUCAUCGCGUUCGGUUUCAGGAUCGAAACUAAUGGAUCUCCAUCUUUAUCAUCAAUACCUAACACUAAAGGCAUCGUCACUUUCCUGUUACAGUUAGUUCAAUAUUUCCCCUUCAUAUCUCUGGAGAGUUCCAGCCGAUGUUCUUUUACGUGCAGAAGUCCCUGGUUUAGGCUUGUUGCUUGAGAUGUCCAUCUAAAAACUUGUUCGGUACUUAACACCAGUUAGCUUGGCAUUCAAGUUAAUUGAUAAGUAAUUAAAAUAUUAACGUAAUAUUUCAGGAAAAUUGGAAAAUAACACUAAAAAUAAAUCAUUUAAACUAGGUUACUGACGUGGUAGUUUAGGAGACACUAUGAAGAUAUAACCAUUUGACUGAGGUGGUAGUCUCGUGGAAACUUACCUUGACGCUGACGUGGUAGUCCCGUGGACACUUUUCUUCCUCCAGGUUAAAGUAAGCUCACUGUGACCGCCCCCCGCACACUGACCGACGCGCGAGCCCUUUAUAGGAAGGUACUCGAAGAGCUGGCGCAUGAAUUUGAAAAAUGACGGUAAAAAACUUGAUUUUGUAUUUUGCGGUGUCUGUGGGACUACCACCUCAGCUGCAGAGGGUUAAACUGAUUAGUUCAAAUUAUUCAUCACUUUUCGAAACCACGUUUGAAAUAUUAUUCUCAAUAAACACACGAUUUAAAUUACUUUUAAAAUAUGUGGCAGUUCUAUUUCUAAGUCGUUACGGGUAGUCAGAAGCCAGUAAGUCUGACAACCAGUCUAACCAAGGGGUAUCGGGUUGCCCGGGUAACUGGGUUAAGGAGGUCAGAUAGGUAGUCGCUCCUUGUAAAACACUGGUACUCAGGUGCAUCCGGUUAGACUGGAAACCGACCCCAACAUAGUUUGGAAAUGAUCUUAAGUAUUCUGAGUAUUCUUUAAAAAAAGUAAAAAAAAAAAAUAAUUAAAAUAAUAAUGUUGUUUAUUUAUAACAAAUUAAGACAAUUUAUUCCAUCUGAAUGUAUUGUCAAGUAAAUAAAUAUAUUUGCGCAAGUUAAAGCCACUAUUGAUGGCUAUAAUUGUUAUAUAGGCCAGUUCGGACGAGUAAAACUUACUAAUGUUUGGUAAUCUUAUGUCGUAUUCAAUACUACAAACGAUUAAAUGCCUGGAAUAUUGUUAAAUGAUAAUUUAAAAAUUGUUUCUUCGUCCAGUACUGUAUACACUCUUCAAAAGAGUCAGCGAAUUUGAUAAUUUAUGAAAACUAUAAUUUUUAAUAAAAUGUCGAUAGGUAGCUAAAUAAACCCUGAGACUAUUUCGUGUAAUGUAUAAACUAUGUCUCGUCUGUGCUGGUCUUAAUAAAUAAUAGCAUGUAAAAUAAAAUGCGUACUGCCGAAAUUUAAGCAAAAUAAAUAAGCGAAUAGUGCUUCUAAAAUCCGUGUUCGUCGUGAAUAAAAAUCUUAUUUGUAUAUAAAGAUAUUUAAUAUACAUAAUGUGGUAAAAUUGUGGUGAAUUUAAUAUCAAUUUGUUGUGAAAAGCGCUGUAUGAAUAGAAAAAAUAUAAUAAUGUCUGCAGCUGCUUUUUUCACAAACGUUUAGUGUCAUUCCAUUGUGUUUAAAUUAAUGUUAUUUAUAGUAAAUAAAAGUUUAUUAGAAUUAUUGUUGUAUAGAGAAAUUAUAGUUGGGUUUUGGAGAGUUGUAAAAAUAUCAAAAAAUAAAUCAAUACAUACAUACAAAUACGGAUAUUUGAGUUGGCAAAGCUACAUGAUAAAUCAAAGUUAGUAGGGCUUUUGCAAUUAAAAUGAUUUUUAAUAAACUGACUUUUGAUUUUUCAUAAAUAUCAAGAAAAAAUAUUUAUACAACUUUCCAAAAUAUUAAAGUAUGUGGACUCAAUAAGUAUGUAACUUAGAAAUAAUUUAGAAAAUAAACAGUGUUACCAUUUGCGCUAGGUGCUUUCGAAGCUUGUAUUUAUUAUAUUAUGUAAACUUUUUUCCACCAUUUUCUUACGAAGUUUUGAUUGCGUAUAAUAAUUAAUGCUUUACACUGAUACAAAGGUGAAUAAUUUAAGAUUUCUAAGCAAUUUUUGGGUUUCUGCUAGUAUAUGUCUUGAUUGAGUGUCUAUAAAAUCAAAGUCGAGUACCUUACGACUUGGUAAUUUCAGACAUUAUUAAAAAAAACUGUAAUAAAGAGAUAUUUAUAUGGGUUCUUAAUACUGUGGUCUCAAAAACAAGGAUAAAGAACUUUUAUAGACACGAAAUUAUGGCAUUUGCAGACUAGCAGAUUUUAUACCCUUUCGUUUUGACAUUCCAUUUUUUACUUAUCUAUAGUUCCUUAUUGUUUCCAUAUUAAAACCGCGGUUAUUAAGAUAAUAAUAGAGGUAAAGCAAUUUAUUAUGAAUGUAGUUUUGAAAUAGAACAUUAUAGCAAAAGCAGGCACUAAGUACUUAAAUAGAAGAUUUUGUAAAAUCAGUAUUUUGUAUGUAAUUGUUAUUAUUUAUUUAUUUAUUUGUUGUGCAUACGACAGGUGUAUAUCAGAAUUUUUCCUAGCAAAUUGUCGUAUAGCUUAAAAAUGUAGAAAAAUAUAUGUAAUAAUAUCUCCUUGUUGUACUUAAUGUAUUAAAAAUAUAGAGAAAUAUAUAUUUAUGUUGUGUUGUAUAUACUUGAAAUUAUAUUUAUUAGGUGCUCAAGUUGAAACUUUUCGAGUUUAUUAAAUUCUUUCCAAAUGUAAUGUGGAUAUAUUGAAAUUAUUAUUCGUCAAUUGAUUGAAAUUGUUGUGUCAUUCGUUAAUGUAACAAACGACAAAAUAUAUAUGGAAUUUAUCUCUAAAGUGAUCAUUAUUAAUUAAAAAAUGUUAUUUACAUAUAAUGAAUAUUGGAAGAUAACGUCUAUUGCAAACUUCUUGCUAGCAGCUGAUCGCGUGGCAAUCUAAUAUUAAAAAAUGCAGCCUUUUUGUUAGCCAUGAUAAAAAUAAUUACUAAAACGAGAACUACUAAAGUUUAUGUAACAAGUAAAUGGUCAGAUAUAUUGCAGGAAUUUAAUUUGGGUGAUAUUAACAGGCGCUUAAACCAAGAUAUAAAUGAAAUAGAUACUACUUAGCGAGUAUUUUCAAAAACAUCUAUUUCUGUCUUGUAAUCAAUUUUCGCAGACAGGAAUAUUUAAAAAAUGCUUGAUAAGUAAUAUGUACUCAGAUUAAUAACAUGCUAUGCCUAAUAAGCACUGUAUAGAAGCUAAUCAUAAAAUAAUAAAAAAGCUAUUUAUAUACAAAAAAAGACGUGUCAUAAAUUAAACUUUAUGUAAAUGUUACAAAUUGUUAAAACGUUUAUGCCAUGUUAAAAACAUUAAUCCUUUGGUAACAGCCAAAAAAAUAUGUAAUCAUGUAAUCAGUUGUCAUAUAUGACAUUCGAUUACGUAUUUGCUGUGUUUUUCUUUGAAAUAAUUGUAAAAAGCAAUAUAUCGCAUAUCUAUGUAAUCGUACUAAUAUUGGUAUAUUAAAAAAUUCUUAUGAUUGUUAUUAUAAUUGUGGAUUUAAAAUCAUAGAGGAAUUAUGUUGGUAUUUGUUUUUACGUGUUAACUGUUUUUGUGUAAUGAGCACUCUACAUUCCUUAGAUGUUAUGUUAUUAAAAUAAAAUCAUUAAUUGAAUAAAA